AUGUCCCCAUUACCACAACUUCUGUAUGACCAAAGGCUCGCCAAUGAUACCCGACAAGAAGAUAUUGCAAGUAGCGAUGUGGAGAGAAGUAUUACGUCUCUUAGAUACCUUCUCUUUCUUUCGCCAAUUCGGAGAAGAAUCUUAGAUAGUGUGUCCGCCUUCGACGUAGCAAAGUUAGUUAACUUGAAGUUAUGUAUUUUGACUGCGAAGGAAAAAGAAAAAUAUGUUAAGCCGAUCCGAGAUUUAGUGUGGGAUGUACCUGCGGUUGAAAGACUUUCACAAGAGGGCAUGAAACUAAUGUUGCUUGGAGACGGCGCUUAUGCACUCGAGCAGCGAUUGCACGCGACAGAACGUUACUUGAAUUCUCAUAGGAACGGAAGGCUCGCAAUCUACCUGUUGGGCACAUUUCUAGUAUUCACGCCGACAGCGACAACGCUCGACUUACUAGUCGAAUUCAGCACUACAGGACAUUCUAACCUUGUACGGUUUCACUGUGACAAGUAUCAACUGGGCCGCGUUCGCGCUGUUUCAGACAUAGAUGCGAAGGGAGACUUUCUUAUGAGUUUCAGAUCUUGGUAUAAGGUAGACGAUGUUCUAGAUCGUACGGUUGAUUUGUGGGUAUAUGUGCCUUCUUUGCGCGACCGUCUUUGCAAAGAAGUCAGGCUGACACCAUUGGACGUGCUACGGAUGGUGAGAGUAAACCCACUGUUCGUGUCACUACCACAUUCUCCUCUAAAACCAACGUUCACUACGACGUGUAUAAAAAGAAAGUUUCGCGAUGCAGCACACAGCGCUUUGCUCAGUUUAUUAGGUUUUAUAUUAACACUAAGACAGCUGUUUCAUCUAUAUGCAGGACACUGUCGGUUAAGGAAAUGGUUGCUCACAGUUGCGGGUGUACAAUCUUUGGAAGUAACUCACCCAGAUCAGUUUUCAAGCGACGAAUUUUCUGUGCACCAGCUGGCCGCAUACUACAUAACAUCUUCGUUAGGUGUUAAUUCAGGCUCGCACGCAGCGAUCGAUUUCACGCAAGUGCCGAAUAUACGGCUCUUCCUUGACGUAGCCAAAUUUAGCAUUUUUGGCGGGAGAAUCACUCUAAGCUAA